AUGUUUCGAAAAACCUCUUGUCCGAAAGGUCGACGAAAAUUGCUAAAUGGAAAGAUUGCUUCUGGAUCAGUCAGUUCCAUUGCUCGACAAGCUGUUGUCAACGGUGUUAGUGCUGAAGUCCCUCCCCAUAUCAAACAAAGAAGAGAGCAACAACUUGCUCGAUUUCGCGAGCGAGAGAAAAAAAAGGCCGAAAUUGAAGCCAAAAAAGCGGCCGAAAAAGUGUUGUACGACAAAUAUGUGAAAAGGCCAAAGUUCUUCUAUGGUGACAAUAAUUAUAAAGAGGGUGUAAUAAUCACUUUUGAUCAAAACAGCCCCAAAGAAGAACUGAAUGCAUACGCGGGGAAAGAUCGAAUACAAAAUAUAAUUAUGAAGGACAGUUACAAAAUUGAAGGCGAUUAUUUCAUGACUCCUUCGACCAUGGACUAUCCUGUGCUACGAAUUACAUUGGACGCUCUACCUGACCUCGAUAGAAAACAAAAAGAAAUUCUCGACAACAAGCUUUCUUCUUUGCGUGCCCCUAAAGUUUCUACGAAAGAAGUACAAAAACAAAUUUCCGAAACGCGCCCUACAAAUAAUUUAAAUCAUCAAAAACAAACUGCUUCGGGCACCACUAAAAAUUUGACUCCGUCAUCGACCCAACUACCUCCAAAUAUUCGACCCUCGCAACCUCCCGCACCGGCCCCCCGAAACCGCCCGAACCCGCACGAAAUACUGCCUCCACCUAACUGCGCUUGGUGGCCUCCACACCCUGAGUUUAUUGUCAUUGAUCGAAAUACUCCUGAAGAAGUAAAGAGUCAAUACGCACCGAAGAAUCGAAUGAACGGUAUUAUUGGAAGUGACUGGUGCAAAAUCGAGGGCGAAUAUUUAAUCGCUCGUAAAAGUGUUCGGUACCCAGUGACUGUGAAAAUCAGAAUGGAUGCGCUUGAUCUCGACCUUAUCCACCUCAGAAAACUAGUCCACAUACUCUCUUCUUCGGGCGUCCCGGAUUCGUUGGCAAAAUUGCUAGAAGAAAAAGAAUCGAAUGAAGCCAAACGAAAAGCUGAAGCGCGAGCAAGAAAGAAAGCUGCAAGGAAAGAGGUCCUUGAAGUCGAUCUCAACGCAAGAAUCGACCCUCAGGAUCUUGAUACGUCCCCUUACAAAGAAAACGUCGAUCCUUCGCGAAAAAGAUUGAUGCCUGAACAGCCAGUCGAAAAUAACCCUUCAAAGAAAGCAAAAAUCUCUGUCAAUCCUUUCUGA